AUGGAGCCAGAUUCUAAACAUCCAUUGCUUUUCCAACUCAAGCCGAAACCACAUGACCGUCGCAGACUCAGGACCAUCUCCCUAUUCCUACUCACCAGCAUACUCCUCCUGACCCUCAACUACACCUCCUACUUGGACUCAACCAAACUCAGCAAUCUUUUCAACCGCUUAUUCCGUCGUCCUCAGCAUCUCGCAACCCAAAAGCCUGACCAUGAGGACUACGAUAAAUUCGUCUGGCAUAAAAACAUCCUCUCUGACUGGGACCCCAACUCAGAUCAUCGACUCAUAACGUUCGGUGAUGUCCAUGGUAUGGGUCAUUCAUUAAAGGAGCUGCUCAAAAAUUUGAACCACGAUCCUCAAGCAGACACCGUACUUAUCGUCGGAGACCUGGCUGCCAAACAUCCCAACAUCCAAGCCUCGCUCGACACAAUUCGCUACUGCCGAGAGUCCAAGUUCGAGGCAGUGCGAGGGAACCAUGACGAAUACAUCAUCAUCUGGAGGAACUGGAUGGAGCUCAAUCGAGCGAAAUUUGUCGAGCCGGACCAAGUCCUCGGCUACAAUUCGGACGACCAUGCCAACCUCCAGUCUGACCUUUGGCUCCAAGCCUCCAAGCCUCCUCAGGAUCUCAAGAAGAAACUCCCAAAUGGAAUGGAUUGGGGCACCCAACACUUCGAGAUCGCUCGUCGAUUGCCCAAGAUCGAUUUUCACUGGCUCUUGGAACGCAGUCUGACAAUCUAUGUCUCCCCUCUGAGGACUUACUUCGUUCAUGCUGGAAUGCUACCCUGGGUCCCGCCUAACGAACCCGAGGCGGAUAUGGCACGAGAGGUGAUGUCAUUACUUGGAGUCAAGGAGAACAAGGAGUCAUACACGCUUUUGGAGAUGCGCGGGCUUAAGAAGGGUCGUCGGCCGACGAAGGAUGCGAACAAGGGCAAGCCGUGGUACAAGUACUGGAACAAAACGAUGCGGAGCUGCAAUCAGACCUCGAUGACCAGCUCGGCUGCCCGGGCCUGGUGCGAGCGUGCCCAAUACGUUGUCUAUGGACAUUGGGCCGGCAAGGGCCUCACCGUUAAGCCUUGGUCCAUCGGCCUCGACAGCGGCUGUGUGUAUGGCCGACAACUCUCUGCACUCGUCAUCGGCAAACCCCGUGCGUCGGUGACUAAGAAACACAAAGGCCUCCUCAAACCCAUCCCAACCCAAAUCUCCAACUACAACGCCACGAUCUUUCAAGUUAACUGUCGCGAACCUUAA